ACACAUGACACCAGUGCCUUUGUUUCAUUGGGCUGGGCUCUCUGGAAGGUGUGCUGCUACCUGAGCUGCUGGAAAAGCACUCACAGGUGUUUGCUAGAAAAGCACUCCUGGAGCUUGCCACCAGCUUGGACUUCUAGGGGCUUUCCUCUCAGCCAGGAAGGAUUUUGAUAUUCGUCAGAAAUACCUCCGGAAGAUUCAAGGAGCUGUAGAGGUGAAGUAAGCCUGUGAAGGACCAGCAUGGGAAUCCUAUACUCCGAGCCCAUCUGCCAAGCAGCCUAUCAGAAUGACUUUGGACAAGUGUGGCGGUGGGUGAAAGAAGACAGCAGCUAUGCCAAUGUUCAAGAUGGCUUUAAUGGAGACACGCCCCUGAUCUGUGCUUGCAGGCGAGGGCAUGUGAGAAUCGUUUCCUUCCUUUUAAGAAGAAAUGCUAAUGUCAACCUCAAAAACCAGAAAGAGAGAACCUGCUUGCAUUAUGCUGUGAAGAAAAAAUUUACCUUCAUUGAUUAUCUACUAAUUAUCCUCUUAAUGCCUGUUCUGCUUAUUGGGUAUUUCCUCAUGGUAUCGAAGACAAAGCAGAAUGAGGCUCUUGUACGAAUGCUACUUGAUGCUGGCGUCGAAGUUAAUGCUACAGAUUGUUAUGGCUGUACCGCAUUACAUUAUGCCUGUGAAAUGAAAAACCAGUCUCUUAUCCCUCUGCUCUUGGAAGCCCGUGCAGACCCCACAAUAAAGAAUAAGCAUGGUGAGAGCUCACUGGAUAUUGCACGGAGAUUAAAAUUUUCCCAGAUUGAAUUAAUGCUAAGGAAAGCAUUGUAAUCCUUGUGACCACACCGAUGGAGAUACAGAAAAAGUUAACGACUGGAUUCUAUCUUCAUUUUAGACUGUUGGUCUGUGGGCCAUUUAACCUGGAUGCCGCCAUUUUAUGGGGAUAAUGAUGCUUACCAUGGUUAAUGUUUUGGAAGAGCUUUUUAUUUAUAGCAUUGUUUACUCAGUCAAGUUCACCAUGGCUGUAAUCCUUCUAAGGGAAACACUAAAGUUGUUGUAGUCUCCACUUCAGUCAGAAACUGAUGUUUCAGGUAGGCACAGUGGUACAUGCCUGUAAUCCCAGUUACUUGGGAGGCUGAGGUGGGAGGAUCACUUGAACUCAGGAGUUUGAGAGCAGCCAGGGCAACACAGCGAGACCGUGUCUCAAAAAAAAAAAAAAAAAAAAAAAAAAAAAAAAAAAAAAAAAAUAGCCCUGGUGUUCCAAACUCAGUCUUUCCUGAAGAAGAGGAAGAGGAUCUGAGUUAUCUUCUGAAACAGGGUUCUCCCUUCCCAGUUGUAUCACUCUUAUAAAAAGACUGUCCAGUCUAUGUCAUGCCCUAGGAGACAAACUAUUCCUCCCAGCCCCCUUUGAGUAUUGAGCAGAAGAAUCAAAUUAUUAAAUAUGUAUGUUUGUACAGAAUGGUAUGUGUAUGUGUGUGGGCUUAGAGAUUCACAUGUAAAUAUUCCUUUGGUGAAGGAAUUUCAAUAAAAACAUCUAUCAAGUGUCAGUGGUGAGUGUGUUUACACCACAGAAAUUGGCAAAUUGACAAAUCAGAGUUUGUUUUUGUUUUUUUGUUUUUUACUUUCCAUAAAGUUUGUUUACCAGCAUACCACUAGAGAUU